AUGGGGAUGUUGUUUUAGGACAUGGUGACCUUCGUGGAUGUGGCUGUGAACUUCACCAAGGACACGUGGACCCUUCAGAGGAAUCUCCUCGAGGACAUGAUGCGGGAAAACAUGGCAUCCACAGCCGAGGAUGCUCCUCCUGUAUUUAGUCAACAAUGGGACCAGUGCUGGUUUGGUACCUCCUAUGUCCUGAGAGUUUCAGAUUGGGUGACUCAAUGUAAAACCAAAGACCGAACCUCUCAGCCAGAUGUUCUUGCUACAAGAACAUUUCGUGAAGCCACCGGCUGUCUCACUGGCAACACGUGGUGGCCUUCCCUGUUAGAAGACCAGAAGUGCCACAGCACAGAGGAGCCACAGAAGCCAGGGGAGCAAAAUGCGACCCAAGCUGCAGCUGCCCAGGGCAAAGGCGUAUCUCCAGCUGUAUCCUGUGGGUGUCACCAAGUGAGGGACAGCUUGAGGCUUGUGCCUUCGCAGAGAGAGUCCACAAGAAAAUACAUCCCGCCGUGUUCCUGGAAUAUCGUGACAUAUUGUCCCAUCUUAAACAGUCAUCAAGAAUUACCUAAAAAUGAUGGCUGUGAUGGCGUCUGGUGGCAGAACGGGCGGCUGGUCCCGCAAAUGAGAACAUGCACAGAGCCGAGAUCACACCCGUGGAUGGACAAUCAGAACCACGUGCGUCGUGGACACGAUAAAAUUGACACGGGAGUGGAUAUUCAGCUGUGGGAUGCGUCUGGAAAAGCCUUCAGUGGAGACAGAGUCCCCAAGGCACCCAGGACUCCCAGUGCAGGGAGAAUGCUCAUUUCCAACCAGUGUGGAAGCAACUUCAGUCACAACCCAGCCUGGACCUUGCAGGGAGGAUCCUCCUGUGUGAAGACAGAAGCUAAGAAACCAAGUGGGAAAACCUCUGCCCACGCUCACCAUUCUGGUCCACACAAGAGAACUAACACUGGAGUGAAAAGCUACAGGUGUCGCGAGUGUGGCCGAGCUUUUGUCUACCAGUCCUUUCUCAGGAGACACAUGGACAUUCACACAGGCGAGCAGCCCUACGAAUGCCAGCAGUGUGGGAAAGCCUUCAGGUACUCCCUGCACCUCAAUAAGCACCUGACAAAGCACAUUGUGAGCAAGAACUACGCCUGCCAGGAGUGUGGGAAAGCCUUCCCCAAGUCCUCAAAACUCACCGCGCACAUCAGGACUCACACGGCAGAGAGGCCCUAUGCGUGUGAGGAGUGUGGGAAAACCUUUACUAAGUCUUCAGGGCUCCAGAGGCAUCUCAAGACUCACAGAUGAGAGGCUCCCUGCAGAUGGAAGGAGGGUGGGGUCAGCUUCAUCAAGGGUCUUGCUGUCCUGGACAUGCCAGGAGGACAGACUGGCAGGAAGCUCAAUGACCGCAUCAAUCCAGUCACCAAGGUGGAAGCCUCAGGCCUGAUCACCUCUUAA